AUGGCGACAUCGACCCUCCUCCUCAAUAGCAAGGCCAUGGCUCCUUCGUUCGACACCUCGACGACCACAUCCUACGCCAAUGCCGCCGCCCUGGCCUCCUCCUCCUGUCCGUCGUGCGGCUACCAUCUCCCGUUCCCCAUCGACGCUUCGACCGAAGCCACCGAAGCGCACCGGCGCAUCCUCGACCUCGAAUCGCAGGUCAAACUGCUCAAUUCCAAAGCUGCCGCAGCCGUCGACAAGCUGGCCGACUACGAGGACGAGAUCCGUCACUUGAGAGAAGCGUACGGGAGAUCUCAACAGCAACAGCAGACACAAGUGCCAGCCACAAGCACCCCGCCGCUCGAGGGUCCAGGUCCGGCCGUCGCGCCCACAGCAGCCGGCCAGCACGCGCCGUCCAGGUUAGCAAGCCUAAGUGCCUUUCUACCUGGGCGCAGGAAAGACUCCAGUUCGGGAAAUUUACCAGUGACUCCGGCGACGGGGACAUUCCCGCAACCCAACAUGCUCUCGCCUCCCAAGACGUCGUUCUCGAGUUUGAAGCUCUCCGCUCCGACUCUCCAGUCCACGCGGUCUGACAACCAGGUCGUCACGAUGUCUUCCCUGCAGAAUUCGCUGGAAGAGGAGCGCACGUUGCGAUUGCGCGCCGAGACCAAUCUCUCCGAAACGCAGAUGGAACUGGAAGAUCUGACGGCCCAGCUGUUCGGCGAAGCCAAUGAAAUGGUCGCGACCGAGCGCAAGGCCAGGGCGAAAUUGGAGGAACGAGUCAAAGUCCUGGAGCAGAGGGACGGGGACAAGAGAAGGAGGCUGGACAGGUUGGAAAAGGCUGUCAUGAGGAUCGAACGAGUCAGAGCUAUGGUUGGAGAUUGA